AUGGAUGUGUAUGGAACCGCAGUCACUGCCGUCCAGCAAGUCAUCCAAGUGACCAUCUUCAUCAAGGGAGUCAUUUCAGACGUCAGAGCUUAUGACGAUGACCGAGCCGCCAUCCAGCUUCGACUGGACUUGCAGCUAACAUCUCUUGAAUUUUUUCAGCGUCGGUUCCUGGACAAGGAGCGUGGUCUACUGCUCCCAGGGCAGCUCCCCGGCUGGGUCGCUGAGACGAUAUGCAACCUCUUGCUGAAGAUGGGUCGCGUGCUGGUGGAAUAUCGUGCUCUAGUCAAAGAGUAUGAGAUCCUGGAUGCUUCAACUGCAGCUUUUGACCACGGCGACGAUGCAUUGCCGAAGGGAGAAAAAUGGAAACAGUCGUUCCUCGAUCGGACCAAGGCCAAAGCCAAGGCAAUCAAGCUGAAAGGGUACGACUGGGCACUCUUCGAUAAGAAGAAACUCCUGGGUGUCUUGGCUGAGUACAAAGAGUGGACCGACAGUCUGCGGGACUUGAUGCAGCACUUCUCCCAGGAGGCCUUGUACACCCUGACGGAUGGCUCCGCAGCGAAGUCACCACCAACUGCGACCGAUGUGCAAGGAACAGGACUAGAAGAGGUGGUCAAACGACAGCAAUUGGCAUUCCUUCAUGCUCCAGCUGACUUUCAGGAGCUCGAGGGUGAAAUUGCCGAGUCCGACAACGCAUCGGAUGGGUUUCACUUGGGCUCGUGGACGCACCAGGGCCGAUCAACUCCCGUAGUCCUGGAAUUUCGCCCAUAUGAUCGCCGCCUGCGUUAUGAUGACCUUGACGAGGAGGAGAUUGCAGAAUUGAAGGCGCCGCUGCGAGACCUAGCCUGGCUACUUCAGAAUUCCACGUUUUCGGCAGGCAAGAAGGAUGCUGAGGUGUCCCAACCAACAAUAUACUCCCUCCAGUGCCUGGGAUAUAAGGAUGAGACAGAAAAGGAACGAACGGUCUUUGCGUACCGACUACCAAUUCAUGACACCGAUGAUAAAUCAACCGAAGUGCAGACCGGCCUGACGACUUUGCACAGCUUAAUCAACCAGGUAGAUCCUCAGACAAAACGACCCGCAAAGCCAUCGCUGGAGGAUCGCUUCGCCAUUGCGCACUGCCUCGCACUAACCACUCUCAACGUACACGGCUCGCUCUGGUUACACAAGAACAUCUGGAGUCGAGGCAUUCUCUUAUUCGAGCAGAGUCAGGACAAUGUCGUCGAGCCUCUGUCCAGACUGUCCCUGACCACACCUGCAACAUUCAACAAGGGUGGACAGCGACAACCGCGCCUUCUUGCAUUCCUUGGUGACUGGGGUUACGCCCGACCAGUCGAAGGAGCGACCGACAUGCGCAGUGAUUUCGAAAUAGAACCCAACCUUUACCGCCACCCCGACCGUCAGGGCGUUCCGACACGACAAUUCUCCCGCCUCCAUGAUAUGUACGCGUUGGGGGUGGUACUGUUAGAGGUUGGGCUGUGGAAGACAGUGUCUCGCCUCUUUGAAACACGCAUCAAAGAGGGCCAGCGUACUCGCAAAUUACCCAAGGCUCGUGACGUUCGUGCGGCGUUAAUAUCGCUGGCCCAGCGUGACCUACCAAAGGAAAUGGGUAGCGCCUAUGCCUCAGCGGUCGUGGCUUGUCUUAGUGGCGAUUUCCGCAAAGGAAGUGAUCUAGAACUUUCUCUGGACUUUCGCGAGAAGGUGGUAGACUGUGUAGCUGAGGGAUUGCGACUCUGA